AUGUAAAAUGAUCAAUAAUAAAAUCAGAAAAAUUACCAAUCCUAACAAAUAUAUGAUUUUACAUAAAGUUCCAACCACAAAAAAAAUAUCAAAAUUCUCAAUUAGACUUAGAUGGAUGCAGAUCAAUAUUCUUCUAAUUAAUAGUUUAAAAAUUAGUCACAAGAAGGUAGAUAUAAUAAUUAGAUGAAUUAACAAAAUCAAUACUAUUAUCCUUAACAAUAAGGAUAGCAAUUUAAUGAGGUAAGGAAUUCUUAAAACGAGUUUUACAAAUACUCAAAUAACAAUUCUAAUUAAUAGUAAUAAUUUCCGCCAUAUUUUUGGAAUUAAUAGCAAUAAUACUUCUAUUAAGUAUAAUAAUAGUAAUAAUAAUAAUAAUAAUAGUAAUUACAACAUUAACAAUCAAACAGGUAAAAUAGUCUAGAUUUUUCAUAAUAGUAAUGCUAAUAGAUGUUUUAAUAAAGUACAUAAAGUAAUAAUAAUUGGUAUCAUUAAUAAAACAACUCAUCUGGUUUCGUAGAAAUUUCAUAAAAUUAUCAAACAACUGUUAAUUCUUAAUAGAUUUUGUAAAUCCCUCAAAUGCCUAUUUAAGUUAUGACCUAUUUACCAAAAUAGAAAUAGGAUGAUUAGAAUAAACACUCCUGUCAUUAAUUAAUUGAAUAUUUUUUUUCGCUUGCCGACAUUGAAAUAAAAAUUACAAAUAUCGAUAGAUCAGUAUUAGAUUAUUUUGAAGAAAUUAAAAAUAAUUUGGAAAAUUUAAACUUAAAUAUAUAAUAUCAGAAAGAUUAAACAUAGUACCUUUAAUAGAAUCUUAUUUAUCAAGUUUAUGAUCAGCCAGAAAACAAUAUUUCAAAAUUAGAUAAAAUGACUAUUCUACAAAGCCAAUUAAUUAAGAAAUUUUAUAGAGAUGCUGAAAAACAAUAAGUAAAAAUUAAGAUUCACGAAUAAAAUUGUCAAUAUAAAAUAUCUCCAUAAUCACAAAUGGCAGCAGCAACUAAGUUUUAUCAGAAUUUUAAAAAAUAAUUGGACAGCUAUGUUGUUUUGAUAGCAUAACUUAACUCCGAAUUUGAAGCUAAAUAAAAAUUUAAAUUAUUAAAAAAACAAAGAACCCAAGAACUUUUUUGUAAAGCACUUGAUGUGAAAGAACCGAUUAUUUUUUUGACCUCUGAGAUUGACCUAAAUAAUUUUCAUAAUAACCCAAUUUUAGAAGAAAAGGCUAUUGACAUUAAAAGAUAAGUCAAUUAAAUAAUAGUAAUAAGUUAAGUAUAUGAUUCUAACUUGAAAAUUCAUGUUCUAUAAUAAAAACUUGAUGAGUUUUUUUAGAAUCCCUAGAUUAUGAAGAAUAUCGAAGAGACUUUUGACAUUGAUUGUUCUCUACCAAAGGAUAUUGAUGAGAUAGACAGAAGCAUAAGAAAGCUGAGAGAAUAAGAAGAAUAAUUUGAAAUAAUAGUUAAAAACCCAAUUUUAUAAGUUCAAAAUAGAAAGUAUUAAGUAGAGGCUAAGUUGCAACUAUGGAUAGAGGGCGAUUAACCAGAAUAUAUUAUAAUGUAGAAACUGUAAGCUGUAAAAAGCAAAUUGAAUGAAAUCUACAAUCCAAAUAUAAUUAUAAGGGUAACAGAUUUGGAUAAAAUAAAAUUGUGGAACAAAUUUUUAGGUUAAGAAUUUGAAAAACAGCAUAACUUGAAGGAAUGCAUAACAAAGUAGAAUAAUUUUGAAUUGACCAUUGAAUUAAAUGGAAAAUAAAAUGCAAUCUUGGAAAAGUAACAGUAAAUUUAACAAUAUUUAGAUCAAUUUAAAUGUAUUCUAUUAUAUUGUUAAUGUGAUAAAGAAGUAGCUCUUGUAUUAUAGAGCAAGGAAUCUUAAUUUCAAAGAUUAUUUGGUACUACAUUAAUAGAAAUUGCUUAAGAAUUUGGACAAUGUUUAAUUAAAAUGAUUGAGGUUAAUUCAAAAUUAUAAUUGGUAGUUGAAGUUUAUUAUAAUUAAAUUUAAUACAAGCAAACUAUUAUCAGUCAAAGGAUUUAAACCUUUUUUGAAAAAUUGGAAUAUUAAUAUGUUGAAAUUGACUUUAGAGAAUUUCUAAAUCUUUUAGAAAUGAAUGAGACCAAAUUUUAGGAAACAUUUCAAGUUGUAGUAUAAUCUGUUAAUUGCAAACUGAGUGCAUCAAAGUUGGAUUAAAAACCAGGAACUUGGAUUGUUGGAAAAAGAGAGAGUUUAGAAGAGAUAAGUAACUGUUUGCUCUAGUUUGAAUAAUCAAAACAAUAAAAUUAUGUUUCGGAAACCAUAGAUUGUGAUAAUAUGUUGGUUUUUAAUAAGAUUAAAUAACUGUAAUCUCGGUCUGCAAAUCUAAAUGCUAGUGAUGGUAAUGUAAUACUUAGUUUCCCUUAGGAAAACAAGAUUAUGAUUUAAGCAUCUGAAAAAGAGAUUAAACAAGAAAGAGAUAAAUAUGAUAAGUAAAUUAGGGAACUAAAAAGUUAAGUUAAAACUAAAAUUUGUGAUUUUUCUGAUAAAGAAAUCAAAUUCAUAGACAAAAAUUUUUAACCAUAAUUGGAAUAAUUAAAAAAGAAUAAUGAAAUACAACUUUUUAUGACUUCUCAAGUUCAAGUAUAACCAAUAUAAAAUAACUCAAUAGCAUGUACAUUGGAAUAUAAAAAUAAAUGCAUACAGAUAAUUUAUGCUGAUAUUUCUAAAAUUCAGUGCGAUGCUAUAGUAAAUUCUUGUAAUAAUAAAAUGUCUUUUGGUGAUCAUUUACUAUUGAGUGGUGUUGCUUAAAGUAUAUUUGAAAUGGGAGGGACCUAAUAUCAAUCAUUUUGCUCAGAUUACAUAAAAAAGUACAAGGAAUUAAAGUUAGGAGUUGUGUGCACAUACAAAAUGCCUGCCUAAAGAUAAAUAAAGUAUAUAUUGAAUGUAGCUACUCCUAUUUAUUCUAAAGGUGAUGAAACAGAUGAGGAUUUGAAAAAGAUUGAAGAGAACAUUAAGGCAUUGUUCAAAGAAAUUAAGAACCUAGACAUAGAAACUGUUUCGCUUCCUAUCUUUGGAGGAGGAGCAUGCGGUUACAGUUUCAAUUAGGCUGCAAUGGUAGUUUUGAAUACUACGAUAAAUCAAUUAUAUUCUGAAAAUAAUUCAAUAAAAACAAUUUACAUUGCAGAGUUGACUGAUGUAAAAAUCGACUCAUUGACUAAAAUACUUAAAGCGCUAUUACACCCACCUAUUGCAGAGAGAUAAAUAAUAUAUCAAUGGUAAUGGUAUGAUCGUGUUAAAUUUAAAGAUUAUGAUGAUGAAGAGAUCAACAGAUAAAUAGAUGAAGCAUAUGAACAAUUUUUAUCGACAGGCCAAGAGUAAAAAAUAUUAUUGAAGUUUCCAUAUUCGAAAAAGCCUGGAACCCACAGAAUUGAUUUUCAGAACAGAACAGUUACUGACAUUUCUUUAUAAACAACAACAGCUUUAAUCACGAAACUGAUCUCUAAUUCAAGAAAGUAUUUUUUUGGUUAAGAGUAGGUUGAUGAUUAGCUGAAUGAAUACAUGAUGAUCUAAGAACAGAGUAAUGUGACCCAGUUUGAUAUCUUUUAUAAAUAACAUUAUGUAAUAUUUAAGGAAGGAGAAAUGUAUUAAAUGAAUUUAGAAACUCAAUACAAGAGAUUAGUACAGAAAACAUUAUACUAAAGUAAGAAGGAUCCUUCAAAAUAACAAAAUAAUUACUUAGUGGAUAAGACUUUUAAAUUUUAAGUAACUCAAUAUCAGGUUUCCAAAUUGGUUAAAUAAAGAAACAAUCAUGGCCAAUUUACAGUCCAAUCUUUUAAUGAUAAUCUUAAUUAAACCAUUAUCAAUUCAAUUAAAUAAGAAUUAUCAAAAGAGACUACAAAAUUCGAAAUUAUUAUUCCUAAUUUACUAGAGGAUGAAAUUGAAAAUAUCUAAAACUAUAUUUAAAAGACUGCUCUAUCUACUGAAGGUAAAUUCCUUUCAGGAAGCAAAGUUAUCAUAGAGGUUUUUAAAAAAAAAAAAAACUAAAUCUGUUAAACUAUUGAGUAAUUUAAAACCAGAGGAAAAUCGUAUCCUAUAGAAUGGAUCCCUUAAAAUGAAAAUUAUAUGAAAGUAGAGUUAAAAUCUGAUUCUGAAGAGUUCAAAAAAAUAUCAAACCUGUUUAAGAAAACUGAUAGUGGAACUGUUUAUGAGAUUUAUAGAAUUUAAAAUAAGUCAUUAUGGGAUAAUUACAUUAGUGAAAAAAAUAAAUUGAUCUAAAUAUAUUAAUAGAAUGGGGUUAUCUUGAAUUAAAUUGAAACUGAAAGGUACUUAUGGCAUGGAGUAAGAACAUAGCAUCCUAAAGUUAUAUAUUCCAGUUUAAAGGAAGCUUUUGAUUAAUCAUACUGUGAUGUAACUAUAUAAAUUAGGAAAAUUAUAGGUUGGCUUAUGGGGUGCCGGUAUCUACUUUGCUGAUAAUGCUAGCUAUUCUCGACAUUAUUCCUACAAAUUACAAAAGGCCGAUUACUAUGGAGGCGAUAAGCAAUUAUUAUUAUGCUGUUUGAUAACAACUGGUAAAGUUUCAAAAAUUCCAUAAGAUAAAAAUAUUAAAAGACCUCCUUAAGGGUAUGAUUGUGUGUCAGGUUAUUCUUAUGAAGGUAAUAGUAAUAUCUUUGUUCUUUACUCAAUGGAUGUAAGAAGAGCAUAUCCAGCUUAUGAGAUUGUCUUCUCUUGA